GCGCACUGCAAAAGGGGCGUGGCUAGCGGUUAUGGCUACGCUUUGUGGUGCAAUGAAUAGAAUAGGCUUGCUGACUUAGCAUAACUGUAGCUUAGCAUAGCCGAACACAGCGGAUUUGACAGCUGGGAGAAACCGGAAUUCGCUUCACCGCACACGGCUUGACUCAUGGCGAAAGUAAACGGCGGGGCGGCCGGCUGCAGGGCUAUCGUAAUGGCCGGCCAGUUUCUGUCAAAACCGGCGCCGCAACAGAACACAAGCCAGCGGAAACUCGCCAAAAUUCAGCGGCGCAUGCUGUCAGUCACCCCCGCCGUCCAGGUGAACAAGACUCCCGUGCAGUCGCAGCUCGACGCGGCGAACUUCCUCCCGCUGUCGGAGCGCGGUGUGUGGUCCAACCGCACGCUGGUCUACCGGGAUGUGAAAGCAUUUCUCAAUGAAGUCGGCGGCGACCCGCGGGAAGCCCGCUACUGGCUGACGCGGUUUCAGCGAGCUCAAGUGUGUAAAGCGCCUGCUUUCGCCGUUCUGGAGGUCGACCCAUCAGUGUUUAAGAGCUAUGAGAUGGUGCAGAGCCUGGCGUUUGGCUUGUCUUUCCUGCAGCGCAUGGAUAUGAAGACCGUGGUGGUAAUGGGGCUUCCUCCUGAGCUGAUGAAAGAAAACUGUGUACCAGAUGGACCGGUUUCCUCUGACUUCAGGACUGUACUGAUUAAAUAUUGCCAAGCUCUUGCUGAGAUCUUGUAUCAAAGCUCAGCCAGCGUCAUUCCUUUCUUUAGUGCAGAGUCAAUGCUGCGACUUCAGGAGUCUCAGCACUGCAGCAGUGGUCCUGCUUCCAUCAUGGUAGAUACAACUCUGCUUCAGUGGAGUCUGGACUGCGGUGCCAUUCCCCUGGUGUGCCCUGUGGGCUGUGAUGCAACCGGCUGCUCCAUUCUCCUCAAUUCCGUCGACGUCACUGUAGCCAUCUCUCGAGCACUCCAGCCCCUCAAAGUCAUGUUCCUGAACAGCUGGGGGGGCCUCCGGAACCAGAACCAAAAGGUGCUGGGUACUGUGUCUCUGCCAUGUGACCUGCCGCUGUUGUCCUCAGCGGAGUGGCUGUGCGUGUUGGAGCGCAGGCAGGUCGGUGCCAUAGCUCACCUCCUCAACCAUCUCUCUCCAGAGAGCUCAGCAGUCAUCACUUCAGCAAACACACUGCUCACCGAACUCUUUAGUCAUAAAGGUUCUGGCACCAUGUUCAAAAAUGGAGAUCCUAUUCACAAGUACAGCAGCCUUGAGGGCCUAGACGUGGACCGUCUCCAGGCUCUGAUUAACAAAUCUUUUGGGAAGACACUAAAGGAAGACUACAUCAGCUCUCUUAAGGACCGACUUCAUUCCAUCUAUCUGUCAGAAGGGUACAGCGCAGCAGCCAUCAUCACCUCUGAGGCGGUCAGCAGUGGAAUUCUGUAUCUGGAUAAAUUCGUGGUGAGUGACAGUAAACAGGGUCAAGGCACCAGCCAGAUCCUCUGGGAGUGUAUUCGAGAGGACCUAGGCAAGCUCUUCUGGAGAUCCCGUGCGAGCAAUCAUAUCAACCCUUGGUACUUCAAGCACUGUGACGGCAGCUUCGUCAACGGCAGCUGGAUUGUGUUCUGGUUUGGCCUGUCGGAUAUCCGUGAAUCAUAUGAGCUGGUCGAGUAUGUUAAGCAACUCCCAGACUCAUUCUGCCAAAACUCGGAGAGUGAAGCAUCUAUCCAGCAGGCGCCCGCUGGGUCUUAAACACCCCUAGUGCAUUUUACAUGCUGGAUUUCAGCAUCGGCAUGCCCAUGUGCCUUUCACACGACACCGGUGGAUGCCAUUAUUUUUAUAGCUUGGGGUUGUGAGAGUAGCUUCCUACUUGUUUGCUAGUUUUCAUUCUCAUUUGAUUUUUAGAUGAAGUUAAUCCAUUCUCUCAGUCCUGCUGUUACAGGACGUUCAGCUGGAAAUACGAAGCUUUAAAAUUCCUUAAAAACGUUUACAGUAUAAGCUCAAGCAGAUAGUGUCAGUGUUACGCUGUAGAACUGUUCAUUUAUGGAUUAUGAAACAGUCAAGGCAGCCAAUUAUGAUACAUUAUUGAUGGCUAUUACGUAGGUUCGAAAGUCACUUCAAUCACUAAUUCGGUCAACAACACUACGGAGUCUUAUACAGGCUUGUCAGUAAUGUAAAUCUGUGAUUUACAAAGCAUCAACGUAAAAUGAGUUUAUAAUUCGGGGUUGGGAAACUUUUUAUUCAGUAGGUUUACUGUACUAUAAGCCUGACUGUAUUGUGAUGCAUGACUAUCCUAAAUGUUACACGUGUCGACAUUUCUCUACGUUUUUCUGAAACUGGAGAUAAUCAAGGACUAUUUGCAAGUACCAUCAAGUCAUGAAACAGAACAUCAGAUUUGAUUUGGGGAUUUUAUCUAGACCCUAAGACACUGAAACUAGUACUCGAUAAGCUGGUUUUCUAGCAUGUAUUUAAGUUAUUCCAUGAAAUCGAGUCGGACGUGAGCUGAUCGCUGACGAGGCUCGUUGCGCAGAGUCGGCUAUAAGCCAUGUACAAGAAGAUUGAGUGGAAUAACUCUUUUAUUCUAUCCACAUUCACUGGAUUUUUGAAAAACGGCACUUUUAUUUUUUGCAAAUUCGAUAAAUUUAAAUACUUUUUACAAAACGUCCGACAAAAUGAUUUCUGCUUAGAAUGUAAACAAGCGGGCGAAAUCUCAUCUCAUUAUCUCUAGCUGCUUUAUCCUUCUACAGGGUCGCAGGCAAGCUGGAGCCUAUC